UUUAACUUACUUUAUUGGAACAAUGGGAAGGAAUAGCGAUUUCAUAACAUUGAUGUACACUAGUUGGAAAGCUGUGCCCCUCAAAGUCAAAAAGCGCAUAUGGAAAUAUAUUAAUUCAAAGUUCAUUCUUCCAAAAGAGGGGAAAGGGUGGGUGAUGACUGGUGUUCGAGAAGCUUGGAAAGGUUACAAAACAAGAAUCAAGGGAAAGCAUUUUGAGAGAUAUAACAACAUUGAAGAUAUGCUGAAAAAUCGUCCUUUAGAUAUUCCAGAAGUUCAAUUUCAAAAGUUAAUUGCAUAUUGGAGUAUUCCUUCUGUUAAGGCUCUAUCUCGUUUAAAUUCUGAAAAUCGUAAAAAGCAACAACAUCAACAUCGAAUGGGACCUAUAAGUUUUGCAAGAGUGCGUAAUGAAAUGGUAAUAAUUUUGAUUUUUUAUAAGUUUUUUCUUGUUGUAUAA